UCUAACCUAACACUGCUCCGAGUUUCGAACUCCGAUAAAUAGCAGAUGAACGCCCGGCUCAUUAUUUUGAAAGAAUUUAAUAGUGUGAUCAAUAUACAACGAUUUAUUACAAUGUCCCAUUUAUUGGACAAAGUGUUAGAUAUUGAUAUUGAUGGUCAUGGAAGAUUUAAAUAUAUCUUAAUCAACGUAGAAGAUGAUGUUAACAAAACUAGUAAACAAAUCGUUAGAGGAUAUGCAAGAGCACAGUGGCAUGAUAAUAUACAGCAUGGACCAAAAGUCUAAAAAGCAUAUACCAUGAUGAUUUUAGAACGGAUAGAGGUAGAUUCACUAAGGAAAGUGCACGCAAUAUAUCAGUCAAGAUUGGUUAUAGAUUUACUCAGAAGUUGCUAGCAAAUUGGCAUUAAUAUAUCUGCAUUAAGCUUAUGAUUUGCUGGCAAAGUCUGCUUACAGAAUCUAUAGAUAGCAGAUUGGCUGCAAAAAUUAAGUAGGAUCUGCUAAUAUAACUUGAUAUCAGAUUGUCGGCAAACACUGAGCAAGAUGUGCAACUUUUAAUCAUUUAUAUAAAAUUGUGCAUUUAAAGAGUCGACCUUAAGUAGUAAAAUGACGUUAUAAUGAAACUUAGCCACAAAAUGACCAAUUAGAUGUGCUAAGUUAGAUCUGAUGAGACCCUUUGGGAAAUGACGUUGAUAUUCUCGGGAUGUCAUUUUUUGAUGUUUAUUUGAUGGUAAAAAUAAGAUCACUUACAGUAUUAAUAUAUAAUAACACAUAUUAAUGUAA